AAAGAGUGCCCUGUACAGGCAUUUCUUGAGUCCCGUCUAGGAGGUCGAUUCGUCUUUUUUUGCUUAGUCCACGUGGUGUAAUCUUCAAGUACGACAAUGUCUGGACGCGGUAAGGGAAAAGCAGCGGGCGCUAAAGCCGCCGGUAGCCAGCGGACCAAGUCAGCCAAGGCGGGUCUCCAGUUCCCAGUCGGCCGCAUCAAGAGAUACCUGUCGAAGGGGAAGUACGCGGAGCGGAUCGGAGCGGGCGCUCCCGUGUACCUGGCGGCCGUGCUGGAGUACCUGACCGCCGAAGUCCUGGAGCUGUCCGGUAACGCGGCCAGGGACAACAAGAAGAGCAGGAUUAUCCCCCGCCAUAUCCAACUAGCGGUCAGAAACGACGAGGAGUUGAACCAGCUGAUGUCCGGAGUGACCAUCGCUCAGGGCGGCGUGCUGCCCAACAUCCACAACCAGCUCCUGCCCAAGAAGACCGGCGCCCGCAAAGGUGGAGAACAACCGUCUUCUCAGUCACAGGAGUACUGAACUGGAUUUUUCCCCACGAAAUACUGACAUUUGACUCCUGACAUUUGACUACACAAAAUCUAUUCUUUAAGCACACUUUAAAAAGUGCGUAAAGGUUCCGUUUCUUCUCUUGCGUGUACCUUUUUCGGAUACUUUUAAGAUGUGGCUUAAUGAUAAGGAUUUUGCGUUGUUUUCUUGGCAACGACUCAGUAGCGGAACUUUUAUAGCUUUAGAUGAAUCGACUAUGACCGUUCUGACGAAUGUCCUUUGAUGGAUGAGAGGAAAAAUGAAUGUUUUAUUCUUGACUGAAUCCUAGUAAGAUGUGCAAUAUCACGUUUUUACUCUAGAUAAUAUAUAAGUUGCAUCAGAAUAACCAGCAGUAACAUGUUAGCACACAUCGCUCAGACAAGAGCAAAGAAAACUGAACUUGACAGAAAUGCCUGUAUGUGAAAGGAAGGUUGAAAAUGGUGUGACGCUUGUAAUUCUUGUGUAAAUGGAGACUGUAAAAAUGGAGUGAAGUUUGUCAUUCUUUGUAAAUGGAAAUUGUAAAAA